AUGUUCUCGCUCUCCGUAUCGCCCAUCUCCGUGGGCUCCAAUGUCUUCUUUGCCUUGGCCUUGUGCGCGAUCUCUGCGCUCGUCCUGCUUCUCCUGCGCCGCUUCCUCACGAUCCGGGCCACCCCGGCCUACCUUCUAGUACCCAUAUUCCUUGCGCUCGCGUUGCCGGCCAGCGUAGUGCUUCUGGUCCCCAUCGACCUCGCGUCCAGCACACGAAAUGGCACCGGCCCAAAGGCAAUCUGGCUGCCCGAGCGGAUGGUCUUGGUCUGCUGGCGGAUCGCAUACUGGCUCAUCUUCAUGCUCACCUGGGCGAUCCUUCCACUUCUCGGUGACUAUGUCGACUCCGGAUACCGCGAGCCCAAAGCUCGUAUUCUUUAUUCUCUCCGGUCAAAUGCUCGAUACCAGCUGAUCGUUCUCAGCUGCGCGGUGGUGGGCCUGAUAUACAUCUCCAUCUCCAUCGGCUUCGAUCCCACUUCGAUCAAGGGUACCAUCAUGGCACUUGCCUACGUCUGGGGUCUUGUUUUGGCCAUUUAUCUGAUGGGACACGGCCUGGUUUCGAUCCCGCGGAAUCUGUUCCGCAACGCAAGCGUCAGCGGUCGCCUGAAGCGCAUUCAAGCGCAAGCCCCCCGGGUCCACGAUCGGCUCAUGGACGCAGUCAACGAACUUGAGAGUCUCAACUCCCAGGUCGCUCAGCUCCAGCAGCGCAAGACCGGGACCGCCCGCGAUUUCCAGGAAUGGAUCGAAGACCUGUCUGAGUCACCCGGCUCCGGGUCUGACGACGUGCGAGUCCCAAUUCUUGAAACGCCCGAGACAUCCGGCUCGGUGCCCUCGGUCAUCACGGAACGCUACUUGGCUGACUUGACUCGACGGCUACAACGUGCUCGCCACAUGAAGGCGCGCUUCGUCGACGAAUGGGAUCGUGUCGUCACGCUUGCGGCUGACCUGCAAGCCAUCAUGAAUUCCGCUGCGUCUCAGAAACUUGAAUUUGGCUCGACUCGCCGCCGGACAUCGUGUGUACCAAAGGUGAAGCUCCUUAGCCCUUAUCUGCGCUAUCAACUCUACUCAAACAUCAUCCCCGCCCUGCGCUUGGUCUUCGGUAUGAUCUUUGCAGUUGCCUCGGUCUGCAUUGUGUGGUCCGAAUUGAUCAAGUCUUUGGCUCCCCAGUUAUCAGCCAUCACCCUGACCGUUGUUCCUCACUGGAAGAAUGAACAGCCUCUGGGAUUCGGCAGCCAGGUGAUUGCGUCUCUGUGGCUGCUCUACAUGUGCUCGGCUGCCCUUGUGGGAAUCAGCGAGGUCAAGGUCUGGGGCAAUAGGGCCUUGGUGCGGCGCAAUACCUACGGUGAAAGCGCCUGUUGGUAUGCCAGUCUGGUGGCCCGAUUGACCGUGCCGAUCGCCUAUAACUUCUUGACGUUCUUGCCCAGAGAUUUCCGACGCUCCACCACCUUCUACGAAUUCUUAGGCCGGCUCAUCAACCUGACUCACCUGGGGAAAGGCUUUGAUUUUAUUUUCCCCAUGUUCAUCCUCCUUCCUGUCUGUGCGACCUUGUUCAACCUGUACGGACGCAUCAAAAACAUCUGUGGGUUUGGCUUAGCAGAGGAGGAUGACUUGCAUGAUGUUGAGAACAACCCAGCUGGAUACGGCUUGGGCGGUUGGCGUGAAGGACGUGACCUCAUUGAGCGCGAAUUGAACGGGUUCGGCUCUCUGGCCGUCUCGACUCGCGGCGGACGUUCCACAUGGGCGUCCGAUCGCAGCGACGAGGAUUCGCUUGGUUCUUCUCGACUGCGUGUCGCCACCGCCGAGGGCUCUCGCUCCCCUCGGCAUGCCCCGAGACCCGUCACCGCACCUACCAUUGUGGACGAAGAAGAGGAAGAGGAAAAUUUCUUCCAGUCUUUUGCUCACCGGGUGCGAAACACGUUCGAAACAACGAACAAGCCGGAGUGGCUUCAAGGCGAACCCUUCCGUUUACCUCGUUGGAUGUCAGGGGAUAACAAUACCGCCGAAGAAGGUGGUGUAGCGCGACUCUUUGGAGGUCGGGCUGUGCCUGGCCGGUUGCGUCUCGGGUAA